AUGUACCUGUGCAACUUUAUAACAAUUGCAGAUCUAUUGGUUACCCCGAUAAACGAGGUCGCCAAACGGUGCAAAAUCUCUGCUCAAGACGCCAAAGCCAUAUAUGACGUGCUAUUGAAGGAGUGUAAACCACCCGCUCUACCUACCCUUAUUACCCUGAACCUGCCCCUUGACGAGGUUCUCUCGACGGGAGAUGCGUAUCUCGACCAUGCACUUGGAGGGGGAAUUCGAACAGGGAUGGUCUGGGAAAUCGUUGGGGAGAGUGCAGCCGGGAAGAGCCAACUAGCUCUCCAACUCUCCCUCUUCGUCCAGAACCCACCGGAGUUGGGCGGCAUUCACGGCGCAGCAUGCUACCUAACCACAUCAUCCAAACUCCCCACUAGUCGACUAUCCCAGAUGCUCCAAUCUAAUGAAAACCUAUCAAAGGACUCCUGCGACCUCGCUCAUGUCCACACUAUCCGGGUCAACACCACACCCAUGCUCACCAACGUCCUCAUGAACCUCCUUCCCAAUUUCAUACAACAACAACAAACGACAUCCCAUCCUGUCAAGCUGCUCGUCAUCGACGCUCUGGCGGAACUCUUCCGCUCUACCGAGAAGAUGUCGAAGACGACACUGUUCGACCGGUCUAAAGAGCUCAACCAGUUGGCGUUGGACUUGCAUGCGUUGGCCACCAGGCAUAAUAUCGCUGUGGUUGUUUUAAACGAAGUCAUAGACCGCUUCGAGAGGGGAAGGCUCAGUUCGAAAGCUGGAGAGCUAGUCUAUAGCGAUCAGAGUCGGUUCUUUGGGACGAGCAGCAGCGUUCCGGGAGAGAACACCAAAGAGGCGAGUUUAGGGCUGGUUUGGGCUAAUGCGGUGAAUGCGAGGAUUAUGAUGAGUAGGACCGGGAGGAGACGUUACCUCGACGAGAACGAGAUCCAUCAGAAACGGACGAGGAUGCAGAGCUCCGAUGGGGCGCUUGCUUCGUCGUCUGCUCCAAGCACAAGCUCCACAGGGCAAAGUGACGAGCAGUCAACGCUCAUCCGGCGCCUUAGUAUCGUCUUUAGCUCAGUCUCACCACCUUCCUCGAUGGACUACAUCGUCACCCACAAGGGCGUCGUUGUUCUGCCAGACGACCCUUCACAAGACUGCACCGCCAUUUUGGAAUGUCGCUUUGCAAACGACGUGGAUGGCUCGGAGACUCAGAUCAAGAAUGCUGUCGCACCAGCAGAAGUACCCCACACGCUGACCACACAAUCUCAACCUCUCGAGAAUCCAGAAGAGGACGAGUACGAUCGGCUACUGGAGGCAAGUGAAGAUGACAUUCUUUACGACGCUUACGACGCAUUCGAACAACAGUUAACCCAAGCGACUUGA